AUGAGAACUCAUCGGUGCUUAUGGCCCGUUGCAGGGGCCUUAUCGGCGCUACUGGCGCUCGUUCCGGUUCAAGCGCGGUCGCUCGCACCUGAAGCUAUCCGCCAGGUGACGCCCAUCGUGAAUGCCGAUAUUCGAACCCCAGACCACCAGAUCGACCAUCUGUCACAUUUUGACCUUACAUUUGAACUACAACGGGACGGACAACGUGUCAAGCUAGAGCUGGAACCAAACCAUGUCAUCCUGGCGGACGAUGCUACCGUUACAUACGUCGACGCCGACGGUCUCUGGGCAAGUGAGCCGAUUCACCGUCAUGAACAUCGAGUCUUUCGAGGUCAGGCUUUGCUCGGGUCAGACAAGGGACGGUGGACCCCAGCUGGCUGGGCGCGAAUCACCCUGAGACAAGACGGCGUCAACCCUCUCUUUGAAGGCGGCUUUAGCAUCGGUCAGAAUAAACACCACAUUGAACUGCGGUCAACCUAUCUGGCCAAAAAACGGCCCAUCGACGUGGACAUCGAAGAGCGGGAAGGGGAAUACAUGAUCGUUUACCGCGACACGGAUAUGCUCAGAUACCACAACGAGCUCAAAAAGCGUUCACUUGGCGAUUCGACAGGCUGCGCGGCACACGAACUUGAAUACAACGCAGAUUUGACAAAUUCGAUCUUUCCAGACGGGCUCGAUCAGCCGCAUAGCGAGUGGGGUGUCACCCCCUUGAACUCACUGUUUGGGCUCACCAAGCGUCAAAACGAUCUCGGCGGAGUGUCUGGUAACACCGCGGGCGUGAAUCUGAAGAGUACAGUGGGCGACACGUCGGGAUGUCCCAAGACCAAGAAAGUUGCUCUCAUCGGGAUGGCAACCGACUGCGGGAUGACGAGGGCGUUCCAGAGCACCAAUUCAACUCCCAAGGCAGCUGCCAAGGAUUGGGCCAUCAACAUUGUCAAUACGGCAUCCAAUCUUUACGAGCAGUCAUUCAACGUCUCGAUCGGCCUUCGCAACCUGACCAUCAAUGAUCCGGACUGCCCUACAACUGCCUCUUCGGCCUUGCCGUGGAACGUGGAUUGCAGUAGUCAGAACAUGACCUGGCGGCUGAACGAAUUUUCGAAAUGGCGAGCUCAAAAUGCGGAUUCCAAUGCGUACUGGACAUUGAUGACAUCCUGCCCGACUGGCACGGAGGUGGGCGUUGCCUGGAUGGGCCGCCUGUGCAGCACGGAUCUCGUCGAAACGUCGGGAAAUUCAGUGUCGGGUGCCAAUGUCGUCGUCGGCACUCAGGGUUCGACGUGGCAGAUCUUCGCCCAUGAGACGGGACAUACCUUUGGUGCAGUGCACGACUGUGACUCGCAAGCGUGUGGCCAGAAGUUGCAAGAUUCUUCUCAGUGUUGCCCGCUGUCACAGAGCAGCUGUGACGCCAAUGCGCAGUACAUCAUGAAUCCGUACGCCGACCCCAAGAUGAACACCUUCUCCCCAUGUACCAUCGGCAACAUCUGCUCGGCGCUGGGCCGGAACAGUAUCAAGUCGAGCUGCCUCUCGGACAACCGGGGCGUCGUCACGUAUACUGGUAGCCAGUGUGGAAACGGUAUCGUCGAGGCUGGAGAAGACUGCGACUGUGGGGGCGAAGAAGGGUGCGGGAAUAACUCUUGCUGUGACGCCAAGACGUGCAAGUUCAAGAACAACGCUGUCUGUGACGACUCCAAUGAUGGCUGCUGCAACAAGUGUCAGUUCUCCCCGGCGAACACGGUCUGUCGACCCAGCACGGGGCUUUGUGAUAUCGAAGAAACCUGCUCCGGAAACUCGAGCACAUGUCCCGGUGACAAGUUCAAAGACGACGGCAUGUCAUGUGGCAAUGGCCUCAAGUGCGCUAGCGGUCAUUGUACGAGCAGAGACUACCAGUGUCGUUCCGUGAUGGGGACCCUACUUAACACCAAUGACACCUGGUCGUGUGAGAACACCGUCGAGCCCUCGUGCAAUCUAGUAUGCGGAGUCUCCGGUGGUGUCGGACCGUGGGCCGGUGGCACUUGCGUCGAUACCAUGCAGAACUUCCUAGAUGGCACGCCGUGUGACGCCGGUGGCAAGUGCUACGGUGGUCAAUGCAAGGGCUCUUCCGUGGGAGGAUGGAUUGACGAUCACAAGAAUCUUGUGAUUGGUAUCUGUGUCGGCGUAGGAAGUCUCAUCCUCCUUGCUAUCCUCUUCUCUGGCAUUAACCGAUGUCGGGCUGCCAGGACCCGGCGGCAGAUGGCGAAGAGCAUGCGCCCUCCGCCGAUGAUGGGCCAGUACCCCGGCCCUGCGCCUGGUUAUGGGCCUCCUCCCCCUCGUGGGCCACCACCGAAUCAAUGGUAUGGGCAACCUAAUGGCGGAUAUCCGCCCAACGCAUAUCAAAACGGGCCGCCGGCGCGCUACUCGUGA